AUGUUCGGCGAAAAGAUCCGUGGUCCCGGCAUGAUAGUGCUGCAGGUACUACGAGUUAUCACGAUCAUCAGCCUUCUCACAGCCGCUGCCGCUUGUUGGGUUCUCGUCAUCAAGAUCAACCGAUCUACCGGAUGGUUCUUCUUCGAAGCCAUGUCACUGGUACUCAUGAGCUCUGCCACUAUCUUCCUCAUCAUCUCCGAGCUGCCUUUCUGCAAGAGCUACUUCCAGAAGAGUUGGCCUGUCUUUUCCGACGAGCAUGGCCUCACUUGGCUUGGUGUUGGUCUCCUCCUCAUUGGAUCCAAUAUCCUUGGAAAGCUCAACUCUCCCCACAACCGCGACAAUAAGAUUGGGCUCCCAUUUUGGCAGCUCAUCCUGGCAGCUGGAAUCCUCACGUUGACCUCUGGUGUCCUCAACCUCAUCUGCUCAGUCAUCUUCCGAGAUCGCGACAUCAACGCUCGAAUGAUUCGCGCCGAUGGCUCCCUAGCUCGUGCCAAAGAGGAUGCCAAAUCUUUCGGCAAGUCGAAUUCCAACUACAGCGCUUCAUUCAGCGAGGAACGACCCAAGAAGACGUUCAUGUCUUUCUUCUGGAAGAAAGACGAAUCGCAGCCUAGCUCUCCACCACGACGCAACAUUAGCCAUCCAAUUUCCCGCCCUAUGGAUCAUGAUGUCGAGCGAAACGCGCCUCCUCACUACGAUAACGACCGAGACGACGACUAUGACAUGGACCGCCGCAGUCCUAUCGUGCCUGCCGUUCGCCGCCCUGACACAGCCCUACACCCCAUGAACAUCCGACGGCCUGCGAGCCCUAGCAUGUAUUCUGAGGCGCGUAUGUCCCGCUUCUAG